AUGGCCAUGUUCAGCCAGAACCCGCUCUUGAACGGGCCCAACUACUCGUUCAGCGAGGCACCCAAAUUCAACGCUCCCGAGGGAGCUCGACAGCAUCGCUUUGACCCAUACACCGACAAUGGUGGCUCGACCCUUGCCAUCGCCGGCGCCGACUUCACCAUCAUGGCUGGCGAUACCCGUUUGACCUCGGGCUACAGUAUCAACUCUCGGUUCCACCCCAAGGUGUUCAAGAUCGGCGGCACAACUUCCGACCAGAGUGAUGCAACACUGGUUCUCUCGGUCGUAGGGUUUGCGGCGGACGGGGAAGCUCUCAAGGAACGGCUCGAUGCCAUUUGCAAAAUGUACCGCUACCGCCAUGGGAAACCCAUGAGCGUCAAGGCGUGUGCACAGCGGCUGUCGACAAUUCUUUACCAGAAGCGGUUCUUCCCAUACUACGCCUAUGCUAUCCUUGGCGGCCUCGACGAAGAGGGCAAGGGAGCCGUCUACUCAUAUGAUCCAGUCGGCAGCUACGAGCGGGAACAAUGCCGGGCAGGCGGUGCCGCGGCCAGUUUGAUCAUGCCAUUCCUCGACAACCAAGUCAACUUCAAAAACCAGUUCAUUCCGGGCAGUGGUGAAGGUCAUGCUCUCCAAGAACGCGAGCGACGCCCGUUGACUCGUCAGGAGGUCGAGACUCUGGUGAAGGAUGCCUUUGACGGGGCUGUCGAGCGUCAUAUUGAAGUCGGCGACGGACUGCAGAUGAUGAUUAUUACAAAGGAAGGGAUUGAGGAGGUCAUUUUGCCCCUCAAGAGAGAUUAG